UUGCUUGCUUGCUUACUUGUGAAAGAAAAAAGAAGUAAGAAUGGCACCCACCAUUGCAGUCGGUGAUGUCAUCCCCGAUGGAACUCUGGCCUACUUCGAUGAAUCUGAUCAGCUACAAAAUGUCUCUCUACACUCCCUCGCUGCCGGUAAGAAUGUCAUCCUCUUCGGAGUUCCCGGCGCCUUCACCCCUACUUGCAGCACGAAGCAUGUGCCGGGCUUCAUUGAGAAAGCGGAAGAACUCAAGGCAAAGGGCGUGGAUGAAAUUCUGCUUAUUAGUGUUAAUGACCCCUUUGUGAUGAAGGCUUGGGCAAAGACGUACCCAGAAAACAAGCAUGUCAAGUUCCUCGCUGAUGGUUCAGCGAUCUACACCCAUGCUCUUGGGCUUGAGGAUGAUCUUUCAGAGGAAGGGCUUGGAACUCGCUCUCAGAGGUUUGCCCUCUUGGUUGACGAACUCAAGGUGAAAGUCGCCAACAUUGAAGUGGGAGGAGACUUCAGCGUCUCCAGUGCAGAAGAAAUUCUCAAGACCCUGUGACUAUCCCUCAUUGCCUGCUCUGCUCUGCU